AUGGAUGCCCAGGUCCAGCCAAGCAAAUUAUUCCUCUUCAGUAUUUCCCUUCAGUGCCUGAACAAAAAGCAUUUCGACUUCUGUGUUGAGGAAGAACUCAGUAAGAGCACUAAAUCCCAUCGUCGCGUUGAGGACCUCGCGUCGAAACUCUUAACGACAAUCCAGCUGAAACCCGCGAUUCGAUACGACACCGGGACGAAGUGCUCCGCUAGACAGCAAUACACGCAAGUGUAA